AUGUCGACGCGCUUCACCGUCGGCGAGCAUUUUUUGGGAAAACCGGCGAUGCCGGUGGAAUGUUCGCCGUACGAGUGGGAGGAUUCGUGCGACGAGACGAUCGUCGACACACUCGAAUUGCACUUCUUCUCGUUGCCGAUCGUGGCGUCGAAUUUGACGUCGCUUCUCGAUUUGGGCCUUCAGAUGGCGUCGUUGGUUGUGGCGAGUCGACGGAUCAAACAGACGUCGAAUUGCAAGACGACACCACUUGGCGAAUUGAUAUGCUUUGGUGAGAGCCAGGAGAAUGGCGAAAUCGCCACCCACACCGCCAUGCUCGUCUCGAAAUUGCUUCCAAAUUUGGUGUUGGGUUUUGAUCUACUCAGCCAGUUGGCUUCCGUUUUGUAUGUGGCGAUGAUGCCGCACGAUUUGCGGCUCCCGCUCAUGCUCGUCGUCGAUGGUUCGGGAGGAUCGGCCGACGAUUAUCUGAUCACAUCGUUUUGCCGUCGAAAUCGUCGCGGCGAGACCGUCUGCUAUAACACGGAUGAUGGCGACUCGUUGCUCAACGUCAACUGGUUCACGCCGUGGCUUCUCGGCGCCAAUUUGGUGCAGCUCAUCGAUGGCGUGGUGCAACUCGGCAAUUUGGUGGCGAUUCGCCAACGACCCGCAUCGCAAAAGUCGAACGACAAAAUCGCCGUCGAGAAUUGCGAGAUCGUCAAACGCGAGCUCAUAUGCGUCAAAGUGUUUCCGGUGGUCCUUCGAUUGAGCGCCGUCUCGCCGAUAGUGGUCCUUUUGAAUCUCAUCUCGCUCUUCAAUUUGAUCAACCAAUUAGCGUUUAUAAUUGUCUCAAUGAGUUUCGCGAUGUAUAAGAAGCUUCUCCUUUUUUUUUUCGUCGGCCAAACCAUGGUGAUGUUUUCGGCGCCCGAUGAUGUAUUCACACCGCGGCGCCAGCAACCGGGAAGUCUCGGCAAUUGCCCGCUUCUGCCGAACGGUAUGACCGCGUGUUUCGAUCGUCCGAAGACGAGCGAUCAGGAGGAGCUGCGACUCACCACCGUCUCGCCGAUCGUCGUUCUCAUGAAUGUGACGUUGUUUCUCGACAUCGCCUCGCAAUUGCUUAUGAUUUUUCGGUUUUGGUCGUCGUCGAUGUACAAAAAGGUGCGCGUUUGCUAG